AUGGAGGCUGUUCAAGGAAGCAUAAUCGCUGAGAUACAGGCGGCACGGGCGGAAGUAAAGAAAGAUUUCACCGACACUAUUGACCUACUGAAGAAAGAACUGGGGGAUUUCCAACACGAAAUGGGUGGAAAGCUGAAUAAAGUGGUCGCCGACAUAAAGGAAAUCAGAGAGAGACUCGCGGAGACUGAGCAGAGGGUGGCGGACAUGGAGGAGAUGAACGCAGAGAGCAGAGAGGCUCUAGCUCAGAGAAAGUUCUAG